AUGACAAUGAAGUUACCUGGUCGAAAUUCAUGUGAAUGUCAAGCAUCAAAACAUAAACUUGUUGGCAAUUGUCUCAAAUGUGGACGUGUUGUUUGUGAACAAGAAGGUUCUGGUCCAUGUUUCUAUUGUGGUAAUUUAGUAUGUAAUCGUGAUGAAAAACAAAAAAUUCAAUCAAAUACAGUUGAAGGUAAUACAUUAAAAAAUGAAUUAAUGAAUCGAAAAUGGCGUGAACAAGAUCAACAAACAAGUAAUAUAUUAGAUGAUCAAGAAUUUUCAUUAAAUGAUAUUGCAAAAGCUGUUGCACAUAAAAAUAAAUUAAUUGAAUUUGAUCGUACUAGUGCACAGCGUACACGAGUAAUCGAUGAUGCUGCCGAUUAUUUUGAUAGUAAUAACAAAUGGCUUAGUUCAGAACAACGUUCAAAAUUAAUAAAACUUGAAAAACAAAUUCAAGAAAAAAAACAAUCAUCAAAUAAAAAGUUUACAAUUGAUUUUGCUGGUCGUCGUAUUAUUAAUGAAUUAGAAUAUCCAAAUGAUGAUAUAUAUAACGAGGCAAGGUCCGUUCAAGAAAAUGCUCACUAUAAAUUAAAAGCGGAUAGAGAAAUGGAAGAACAACAACAGCUAGAACUAUUAAAAAUGAUUGAUUGGGAAGAACAUGAGAUAUUAAAUAGAAAUUUACCAGGAAAUUUUACAGCACCACAAUGGGUUGAAAAAAAUCCUAAAACAGUGAGUGUAUGUUCUAAUGUUAGUGUAGAGGAUAGAGAUCGUCAACGUUUAAGAAUACAAGAUAAAGAUUUAAUGGAAAUGUAUGAUGAUGGUCAAUGUUUGACAAUGCAUCAACCGUGGGCUUCACUAUUAGUUCGUGGAAUUAAAAUGCAUGAAGGUCGAACAUGGCAUACGGCACAUCGUGGACGAUUGUGGAUUCAUGCAGCAGCAAAAGAACCCGACACACAAACCAUUUAUGAUAUGGAAACAUUCUAUCGACAGAGAGAAAAUGGUGAUCAAAUUGAUUUUCCCAGUGAAUAUCCGACAAGUAUGCUGUUAGGCUGUGUGGAAUUAGUUGAUUGUCUAGAACGAGACACUUAUACUGAAAAGUUUCCAAAGGGCGAAUCCGAUUCUGAUUAUGUAUUUAUUUGUAAAAAUCCACAAGAAUUAUUCUUCAAAUUACCAAUGAAAGGACAACACAAAAUUUUUAAACUCGAUCCACAAGUUCAUCAAACAGCUAAGAAAGUUUUACUAAGGCGGACUGCAAAUACGGCUUAA